AUGGAAGCAAUCGUGGUACUGCUUAUCUGCCACGAAGUUUCUACACCAUCCAUCGACAACAACUCUGUGAGGCAGCUGCGGCUUAACGAAGAGAAAGUCGUGCCACAAGACGAGGUCACGAGCAAACGCUUCGAGACGCCUGACAUCGUGACUUUUAUAGAAGCCGUCACGGAGUCGACUUUCGAGGCAGCUGCGGCGAUGAUGAGCUUGACAGAAGGGGACGUUGCCAUGGUUACGGUGGAAGAGCCCGAUGUAGAAAUGGUGUCCAUUACAGAGCCGGACGUCUCCAUGGCGUCCUUGACUGAAUCCGAUGUCACAAUGGCCUCGGUCUCGGAGCCUGACGUGAUAAUGCGAUCGGUUUCUGAGACAGAUGCCACAGCGAUGCCGGUGUCCACGACACUGAUGUGUGCAAACUGUCACUCUCAACUGGGCUUACAGAUUUGUGCCGUGUCUCCAUCGCCCGCAGGACAGGCCCCACAGGGAGUGAGCGGCGAGCCUCAACAAUGCCUGGUUGCGUCCGUUCCCUCUGUGCCCCAAGUACCGCCAGGAGUUCAGAUGUACAACGUUGUACCUAGCAACCAACAUCAAACAUCAACAACCACUACCCGAAGCCCUCUGACACAGGUACCUUCUGGAAUGCAGGCGUUAGGCAAUACGACGAGCUCCCAACAACAACCAUCAACGGCGGUGCCACAGCCCGUUCUGACACAAGCACCAUGGGGAAUCCAGAUGUGUAAUAUUCCUCCAAGCGGCCAACUUCAACCGCCCACAACCGCACCGCCGCCCAACUCGGCACAGGUGCCGUCGGGAGUCCAGACGUUCGGCAAUACGACGAGCAUCCAGCAACAACCACUUACGACUGGGCCACCUCUUUCUCUGACGCAAGUACCAUGGGAAAUUCAGAUGUGUCAUAGUCUUCCGAGUGGCCAACUUCAACCAAACACAAGCACACUACCGACUAAUUCGGCACAGGCACCGUCGGGUAUCCAGACGUUAGGAAUUACGACGAGCGCCCAGCAACAAGAAGCCAUGCCUGUGUCACCGCCCUUUCUGACACAAGCACCAUGGGAAAUCCAGAUGUGCAAUAUCUCUUCGAGCAGCCAACUUCAACUGACCACAACCGCACCACCGCCCAAUCCGGCACAGAUGCCGUCCGGAAUCCAGACGUUAGGAAUUACGACGAGCGCCCAACAAGCACCCACAGCUGUGCCACCACUCUCUCCCACACAAGUACCAUGGGAAAUCCAGAUGUGUAAUAUUUCUUCGAGCGGCCAACUUCAACCGCCCACAACCGCACCGCCGACCAGUUCGACACAGGUACCGUCGGGCGUCCAGAUGCACGGCCUUCUACAAGGCACCCAAAAUCAUCCAUCCGCGGCUGUGGCACCGUCGUCUGCAGCGCAGGUACCGUUUCACGCGCAGAUGUACAGCCAACCUCCAAACAGCCAACUUCAGCCUUUUAUGGCGCCGGCUUCCUCCCUUCAGACGCAAGCGCCACCAGCUGUUCAGAUGCGACAAGUUCCCACACCCGGCCAGCUUCCAACAGCCAAUGCUGUGGCAACGUCGCCACAGGCGCAACCACCUGUGGAUGCACAUAUCUACAACCUUUCAGCGAGCAGUCAACCUCAGCCUUUCAAGGCCGAGGCAACGUCCCCUAUAACGCAAGCAUCGUCGGGCCUUCAGAUGUCAGAGGGUAUCGUCAACGGCCAGCCUCAAUCUUGCAUAACUAUGGCACCGAUAGGCUCUGUGGCACAGAUGCCACCUGGCGUUCAAAUGUACAAUCUACCAGUGAACGAAUAUUUUCAACUUUCCGCAACUAUGUCCCCUUUGACACAGCUGACGCCAGGCAUACAAGUCCAGGACGUUCCAUCCAGCAGCCAGCCGCAACCUUCUUCGUGUGUUCAGCCACCACAGGGCGCCCAAGUGCAGGAUGUUGGGCCGAACUUCCAGUCCCAUCUCACCCCAGGUUUGGUAUCCACCGCCGUGACACAAGAAUCAUCGAAAGUUCAUUUUUACGAUGUUCCAGCCACCAGCCAGCCUCAAUGUUCAGCAGCUCAGGUGCCAUCCUCAAUCACACAGUCCUCGUCGCAAGGUAGGGCGUGCGGCGCUGCUGCGAGUGGCCAACCUUCUCGUGUCACAGCCGAGGUCAAGUCUAUUCUGUCAGAGCUACCGUCCAGUGCAUCAUCUCGGCAGGCUUGUAAACUGUGCUCAGUAGCCCAGGCCCAGAUUCCCGUGGCACCACUGUUGCAGACAAUACCUUGCCCUUUAUGCGAUUCGCUGUCCGUCGCGAACGCCACGAUGGCGGCUCCGGCAGCAGACCCGGUUAGCCAAGAACCACCAUUGCCAGUACGUACACCGUCUGAAAGGCUGAAGUGGGUUGAUGAACUGGACAAGGUGCAACAGCUGCGGCCAGCAUCGUAG